CUAUGGCCCUUGCAACUGGCUUCAAGUCUCUAUCAUUCAGUCAGGUAUGUAAAUACCGAUACUUUACAGUAGGAAGGAGCGACAGGCAGCAGCGCCCCCUGGUGACUGAUCCCCUGCAUCGCACUAGGAAUAAAAGCCCCAUCAUCCUCCUGCAAAUACUGUAGGAACAUCGUUUCGCUGUUGAUAGGGCAUCCUCCCAACCCAGUCACUCAUGACUACCGAGUAGGUUCGCUCGUUAACGGACUGAAAGAGGGACAUAAGGACAGCAUUAUGGCGAAGCAGCGUAAAGACAGAGACAGCUGGGGUGAGUGGUCCCUCAGUGACAAAAACAUCUAUGACUGGAGCUCAGAGGAGGAAGAGCCAGAUGGACGAGCCCGGCCUGUCCAGGUGCUGCUGGUCAAAGACGACCACACCUUCGAGCUGGAUGAGGCAGCACUGAGCCGCAUCUUGCUGGCAGAGGAGGUCAGGGACCGCGAGGUGGUGGCCAUCUCUGUGGCCGGUGCCUUCCGCAAGGGGAAGUCCUUCCUCAUGGACUUCAUGCUGCGUUAUAUGUACAACCAUGCAUCUGAAGACUGGCUUGGGGUUGCAGACGAGCCUCUGACUGGCUUCUCCUGGAGGGGGGGCUCAGAGAGGGAGACCACCGGGAUCCAGAUCUGGAGCGAGGUUUUCCUGGUGGACAAGCCAGAUGGAAGAAAGGUUGCGGUGUUACUGAUGGACACACAGGGCACAUUUGACAGCCAGUCGACACUGAGGGAUUCAGCCACUGUGUUCGCUCUCAGCACCAUGAUAAGCUCCAUGCAGGUUUACAACAUCUCACAGAAUGUACAAGAGGACGACCUGCAGCACCUGCAGCUUUUCACUGAGUAUGGCAGACUUGCAAUGGAGGAGACUUUCCUCAAACCAUUCCAGUCCAUGAUUUUCCUUGUUCGAGACUGGAGCUUUCCAUACGAGUUUUCCUAUGGUCAGGAAGGAGGCAUGAAGUUCCUCGAGAAGAGACUGAAGAUCUCUGAGAACCAGCACGAAGAGCUGCAGAAUGUGCGGAAACACAUCCACUCCUGCUUCACCAACAUCUCCUGUUUCCUGAUGCCUCACCCCGGCCUCAAAGUGGCCACUAACCCAAACUUUGACGGAAGAAUUAAAGAAAUUGAUGGCGAGUUCAUAAACAACCUGAAGGUUUUGGUCCCCUGGCUCCUCAGCCCUCAUAAUAUCGAUGUAAAGGAGAUCAACGGCAGCAAAAUCACCUGCAGAGGCCUGGUGGAGUACUUUAAGGCUUACAUCAAAAUCUACCAAGGUGAGGAGCUGCCUCAUCCAAAGUCCAUGCUGCAGGCCACAGCAGAGGCAAAUAACUUGGCAGCAGUCGCAGCUGCAAAGGAUCUGUACAACAAAAAAAUGGAGGAGAUCUGUGGUGGCGAUCGGCCCUUCCUGGCCCCCAACGAGCUGCAGGCCCGGCACGGCGUCAUCAGAGAGGAGGCCCUGCAGGUGUUUCGGGGUGUGAAGAAGAUGGGGGGCGAAGAGUUCAGCCGGCGUUACCUGCAGCAGCUGGAGGGGGAGAUCGACGAGGUCUUUGUCCAGUACAUCAAGCACAAUGACUCCAAGAACAUUUUCCACGCUGCCCGCACGCCGGCCACCCUGUUCGUGGUCAUCUUUGUCAUGUACGUGGCUGCGGGCAUCACGGGCUUUGUGGGUGUGGACAUCAUUGCCAGCUUGUGUAACAUGAUCCUGGGUCUGGCAUUGAUCACUCUCUGCACCUGGGCCUACAUCCGGUACUCCGGGGAAUACCGAGAACUUGGCGCCGUCAUCGACCAGGUGGCUGGUGCACUGUGGGACCAGGGGAGCACAAAUGAGGCUCUCUACAAGCUGUAUAAUGUAGCAGCCAAUCACAGGCACCUGUACCACCACGCCUUCCCCGGGCCUCAGGUGGAGGAGGCUGCAGGGGAGCAGGGCAAGAAGAGAGAAUGAUUAGAUAAGACGGGACACAGCAGGGACUUCCUGGUGAUGGACAGGGGGAGGAGGGAGGAGGAACAUCCUCACCCAUCGGGCACUCUUCUAUUCUGGUACUGGCCGGUGCCGCCCACCAGUACAUUCACUCCUUUAAACCUAAUAGUGGACUGUUCAUGUUUAGGCAAUGUCAGAGCAUCUCUUGCCGAUGAACAUCAUGACUCGUCAUGACUUGUUUUUCACUUCUUGUCCGUUAAAACACCUGUACAGAUGCUGUAGGCAGGGGAGGCCUCGGCAUAUCCAACCUCCAGUCAGCUGCUCAUCUCAUAUCAGAUGGGUUUUCUCAUCAUUUGUCACUGAUGAUGAUUUUCAGUGUAGCCAAAUCUGUGAAAUCCCCAUUUGUGACGAUUGUUCUGUUCUUUGAAGUUUUGUGCUGUUUAUAAGAAACAAUAUCUAUGAUCUGUGAUGUUUGAAAGCCAAAAUAUGUACUCUAUGUAAAAUAAUGAAGCGUUACAAGCAGCAUCAGUUUGGUAAAUGGUUAAUGUCUGUCAUCCUUAAGCUCUGCAACCAGCCAUACUUGAUAAAAAAAAUGUUUUAAUGGUUGUGACAAAGUGGUUUGGUGCCAUAACCUGAGGUUUUAAAAUCCCAUUUUUUUUCAACAUCUGCCCUAGCCUAGCUACAUGCACACACUUAAUGGCACAUUUAUGGGUUUAAGUCUUUUGUUUUGGAGGUUGGUGUUACUUCUGACAGAGUCCUAGAUCAGGGAAGUAGCUUUUUGCUGGCCUGAAACAGCAGCACUGGGUGGACAGACACAAACACAGUAGCAACAGUUUAAAGUUUACACAACACAGCUGACAUUGUUUGUCACUUUAUAGCCCGCUCGCAGUUUUGUAUUUACUACCUGGUGAUCUGCUGUGUGUGUUUGGAGGUCGAGGGGAAAUAGUGUGUUCAGCUCCCAUUGUAACAUAGAGGCGGCGAGUGCAGCCAUUGUUGUUUCUCACUGAAUGUUCGAGCAAAUCCGAGGAAUGUAGCUAUUCUGCAGCCACCGAGAAAGCAAAGCUCGAUGCUAUUAGGCGGGGCGACAGGCCUGCUUUGGAAAAGGAUCCUCAUUCCACAUCUCUUUCAUCAUCUUCACACACUUAUGUUGAAUCAUCUGUGGAAAGACUGUUGCAUGGUGAAAGAGUCCAGGCCCUGUCUUUUUGUGUUUCCAAAACAGCUUGCAUUUGUAAACAAAAGGCUUGUAUCAGUGACAGCACUGUUCGAUGUUCGAAUACUUUGGCUUUGUAGACUGCUACUGCACAUUUGUAUAACUGUGGUUAUUGUUUUUAGCUUGGUGAAUAAUCCAGAAUCACAUCCAGCUGCAGCAACAACAAGGUUUUCCCCCUCUAAGAUCUGGUCACCAACGGGACAAGAACUCUGUCAUGCAUAUUUAGCAAAGUUCAUACUGAGGUCUGAACUCAAGGGUUGAACAUUUAAAGGCACCGCAAGAGUGUGGCUUCUUCUCAGUCUUCCACAAUGUAUAAUCAACAUCAUGGAGGCCUUCACACACAGACAACCAUCCAAGUCCAGUUUGAGAUUCGUGAGGCUUUAAAAUCCCAUUUUUUCCAUCAUGUUGAAGUGCUACGCCCAAUUAUAAAUCAGAAAAGAAGCAUUUGUUUGCAAUGUGUUAGCAUUACACUCAUGAAUCAUCAUGAACUGAAGAUAGUGUCCGUUAGCGAGGAGGGGAAAAAGCAUGCUUUUCUUGGAGUUAACGAUUCAUUCCUAAAGCUGCCAACACUUAAAUCAACACUGGAUGUGGUGGGAGCCUCUGUGUACUGAUGGGUCAAAUGAAUCAACCUCUGGGCGAGCUGCUCCAAGCGCUAAGUUUCCGCACACGCAUUGCAACAUUUCAGUUACAAAGAGAUAAAUAAUAAAGUUGGACCAAAUUAAA